AUGAACCCGCGCCCUCAUUCGGUCGACCUUACUAUCAACUCAACUUUACAUGUACCCUUUGACAUUCCAGUGCGCAUAGAUCCUCUGACACUAAGUCUUGGAUCCGUACACGGUUCAAGUAACAGCCCAUUCGCUCAAGUGUACAUACCUGGAACCACAGUUGGCGGGACGGCUGUCCUAGGAGUCCAAAACCAAACUACACAAUUGAACAACCAGCAGUGGCUUGAAUACGUCCGGUCCAUGAUAUUCCAGGAAACUGUUACUAUGUCUGCAACCGCAAGAGUGAACGCUUUCCUGGGCAAAUUAAAAUCAAAUGUUGUCUUUAAUAAGGAGAUUAUACAGAAAGGCAUGAAUUCAUUCUCAGGCUUUUCCAUCCAAGGUCCCCAGAUACUCUUCCCUCCCGCUGACAAUGGGACGAACUUCAUUGCCACCGUAUCCCUACCCAAUCCUUCGGUCAUGACGUUAGAGAUUGGAACUGUCGUGUUGGACCUGAAGAUUUCUGGGGACAUAAUUGGCAACGCUACGCUCAAAGAUCUGAUCCUAAAACCAGGGAAUCAGUCAAGUCCUUUAUACGGCAUACUGAACCUAGAAAGAAUCAAGUCAAAUAUUGGUACCAUUAUAAAAGCCCAGUCCGAAGCUUUGGAAAAUGGGCACCUCCUUAUAGAUUCUGUGGUGAAGCUUGUGACGUAUGACGGUGUUGAGGUGCCGUAUUACACUGAAGCAAUGCACAACCUAACUAUGACUGCAGAGUUGGCGCUUGCCGAACUUGGAUUGGACACACUAGGAGGAAUGCUGAAGGGUAAUGACAUAGGCUCACUGUUUUCGUCACAGCUUCGUAGAGCUGAUGGUAGUGUGCGGUCCCAUAUAUGA